CGACGCAUCGGCGCACGCCUGCAGACCGCGCUGGCCAGGGGACACGACAACACCGACCGCGCUCUCGAGCAAACCCAGACGCGUCGACCGCGCACCCCCCCGACCCCGUGUUCCCGCGACUGCCGCGACCCAUGCAUCGCCUUCACUAACGCCCUCCGCACCCCACCCCCCUGCGCCACCACGCUCUGUCGAACGCUCUGUCGAACGCGCCGCCGCCGCCCGCCCGCGCACUGCAGCCACCCGUGAGGAGCGCCCUUUCGCAGAGGUACUUCGCCCACGCCCCGCGCCCGCGAGACCGUGCAGGACUCUGCAGGAGCGACGCUAAGCGCACAGUAGCAGCCGGGCACCCCGCGCAGACAGGUUCGCAAGAUGCCCAAGUCGUCCACGCUAUCGCUAGCCAUGCGGUCCAAGUCAGGUGGCAAGGAGAACACUGCGCCCAUGAGCCCGCAGAGCCCGCGAUCACCGAGCAUACCCGAGUUCGCGUCGCCGAGCGCACCAUUCCACAGCAUGCCCGAGUCGCCAGCCUCGCCGAAGCCACGGAAAGACUCGAAAAACAUCUUUGCAAACUUCCACGCCACGAAGUCGUCGUCGCGCCUGAACACACAAGAGAGUUUGAACAGACAACAUGCCACACAGCAACCGUCGCCAACGCUGUACGCCAACGGACGGGGCGGUUCAUCGACACCAGACCUCAGUCGCCCGGUCCGAACGCCGAACUCUGAUGACAAUCGUUCGGAGAUAGUCCGCCUCGAUCAACGGACCGGCUCUGGCAAAUCGACUGAAUCAGACGCCCAUGUAGACCCGGCGAAAGCGAAGGGAGCAAAGGGCAAGAAACAAGGGACGUUGUUUCGCUCGAAAUCAAUCAAGGGAGACGAGACUGGAGGCUCUCGUACCAAGCUCAACAAAGCCCCUCCCGCCCAGUUGUCACCAGAUGUAGGGGCGACGUGGACCACGAAUGGAGACAACACGCCGCUCAAGACUGCACCAAUGGAAAAGGGGAAAACAUGGGGUAACAAGUCCUCGUUCGGAAAACUCCGAACACAUUCCGCCGAUCGCCACGACGCAGGUCAACUGGUGAAUCGCGAGAACGACAAUGGUUCGGCUGGCCCCAGACGUGAUAAGAGUGAGCAGGGCUCGUUGCAGUCCAGCUCUUACAACGACAACAAAGGUGCCUCACUUAUGUCUAGUCUCGGAUCUGGUGCUCGCAAGAUGGGAGACAAGAUGGAUUCGGCUCGCAAAGGCAUUUUCGGCAAGCUGGGACGUAGUCACAGCAACCACGAAAGCCCUACACAUGUGUCGACCGAGCCGUAUGUCUACAAAGUCAUUCACACACCCCUUGUCGAACAGACGAGGUUGACCAGGAUAUCGACGAGGCUAGAGCAAUCCAGAGAUAAGACGGAAUUCUGGAUGCCAGCAUUGCCUUGGCGCUGCAUCGACUAUCUGAAUAUGCGAGGUUGCGAGGAAGAAGGCCUAUAUCGUGUUCCUGGUUCUGCACAGCAGGUCAGGUACUACGAGCGGAAGUUCGACCAAGAUCGCGACAUUGACCUUAUUUCUGACGACAACCUGAACGACCCGAACGUUAUCGGCUCGCUUUUCAAGAAUUGGCUACGUCAACUGCCUGACGAGAUUUUUCCAAAAGCGAUUCAGCACCGUAUUCAGCAAGAGUGCCAGGGCGCAAAAACCACGCCUCAGAUGCUGAAGGAUGAGCUGUCUAAGCUGCCGCCGUUCAACUAUUACCUACUGUUUGCCAUCACCUGCCACAUCAGUCUCUUGCACUCUUGCUCAGAGUUCAACAAGAUGAACUACAACAACUUGUGCAUUUGCUUCCAGCCGGCCAUCAAGAUCGAUGCCUUCUGCUUCCAGUUCCUGAUUCUCGAUUGGCGUAACUGCUGGCAAGGAUGCUGGACGGAAAAAGAGUAUCUGACCGAUGAGCUCAAUUACCUAAGCGCGUUAGAGACGGAAAGCCCAGAGAGACCACCGGCGACAGCCAGUCAGAAUGGUCACUCACAACCAUCUGGCAGGAGCAAGAGUUCACACGCAUCCCCCAACAUUACCCAAUCAAGAAAGUCUACUUCGACAAGAAGCAAUUCGGGUGAUCAGAGUAAAUCCUCUGCGCGUGCUCAGUCGGCAGAUCGGAAUGGACGCGAAACGCCACCCUCUCUUCCACCCAGACAGGCGGACGUGCAGCCGCCACAAUCGGCGCCCCGCCUGCGCAACGAGCAUCGUGAGUACGAGUCUAUGGCAGAGAGAGCCAUAUCAACUUCUGAUGGACACCAUGGUCGAGGCGCUCCUGUGCGUCCACCGCCUUCAGCCAGUACCCGAGGUUCGGUGGAUGGGAACGAUGGCGCAACACCAACACAAGCAUUGCAUAGCCGUGGACCUUCGGAUACACAAUUUCGUUUGGACCUGAGCAACCCGCCCAGCUCACCUUUUAAUAUCAAGUUUUAAUGGAGGCACGGACGCAAGGCGGACACUGCACGCGCA